UGGAUAAGUAAGGUGUCCUACUAACUUUUGAAAUGUAUUAUGUAGAUAUAUGUAUGUAUGCCUUUUGGAAUAUGAUAUGAAUGAAAAAGUUUCUGCUAAACCUUCUUUGUUUUCUCUGUAGUUUCAAAUAACUAACAGAUGGGAGCAGCACAUGGUUUUGCCUUCUACCAGAAAUUCUUCAUUCAAUGGUUUCAAAUUACUGGCACUGGUGUGAGCUGAUAGCUUAACUAAUAGGUCCAAUUUGCUGCCAACCAAAGUGAAGAGAUGAACUUAUCACCAAUUUAUGGCCCCAUGUUUACAUGAACAACAGGCAUCAGCACAUGGCUUUCCUCUUAUUGUUAGUAGCAAAACUUCGUCUCUAACUACAAGGCCUGUCUACAACCUCUUGUAUAAAUAAUCCCCCUUUCAUGAGUCUUUCAUCCUAAAACAAGCAUUAUCACUUCUGUCCUUUAAGGUCCCUUAAAUUUCUAGUUUUAUUUCUUGUUUUACAAUCUUCCAGAGAAGAGAUGAUGCUCAGUAAAAAGAAACUCAUCACCAUGGUCAAGAGAUGGCAAAAGUUCGCCGCCAAGCAGAGGAAGAGGAUUUCAUUUCCAAGAAAUGAAACUAAUACAGACAGUUGCAGUACAUCCUCAUCCUCUAUAGUUGAAAAAGGCCACUUUGUAGUCUAUACAAUUGAUCAAAGGCGCUAUGUGUGUCCCUUGGCUUACCUUGAAAAUGAGGCCAUUGCGCAACUUCUAAACGUGUCUGAAGAAGAGUUUGGGCUACCAAGUGUUGGCCCUAUUACAUUACCCUGUGAUUCAGCUUUCAUGGACUACAUCAUUUCGCUAAUAAAGAAAGACAUAGCUGUUGGAGAUCUUCACAAAGCAUUGUUCCUCUCAAUUCCUUCAUGUUGUUGCACUUCAACUUCUUAUUUGCACCAAGAAAGUGGAAACCAACAGAUUCUUGUUUAUUGAGUCAUUGAUAUCAUGUUCUGUAAGUGAUAGCUCAAAAUAGAUUGUAUAGCAGGUGAAUAGACAACUGAAACAUUUUAUUGUUACAGAUGGAAUAGAGCUUUAACAUUCUCAUCUUGGGGUAGUACUGCUAUUUUAAUGCAGGCAAUCAACUUUGUCCAUCAAAACUUGCAGAUAUACGAACCACGCCAACACAAGUCUAAAUGACAUGGAAAUUCAUUGUAAAGAGUUCAAACAAAGUGAAAAAAUAAAAUGUUCCUCUUUCAGAUUCUCUUUGCAGUUAAAUUUCAUACUUGAUCA